ACAUUUUUUAAAGGCUGUAAACUACAACCAUCCAAGCAAGUAAGCUGCUAGCUGUCUGGAACUUGUCAGUAGUAGAAAUGAGGGCCGGUGCUGUGCAGUAAAGACAAUGGACAUCACAACCAAGCAGCCAGAUGUUGCUCUUCAUUAAAUGCAAGUUAGAUUAUAAAAGCCUUAUUAACAAUGGGAAGUUUUGUGGCUGACCUUUUUCUGCUCUUGCUCAUUUCUGCAGGACACGUUUAUGGAGUGUCGUUCUACGGGGAUGGCUACAUCCAUCUGCGGACAGUGGAGGCGUCCGUUCAGACGUUGGUCCAUGUACGAUUUCGAACGUCCAGUCAGGCGGGGGUCCUCUUUCUGGCAGCUGGACGCAGAGACUUCUUGCUGCUGGAGCUGAUCUCUGGGCGCCUGCAGGUACGUCUGGACCUGGGCUCAGGUGAGCGUUCACUACGCUCAGAAAAGGGCAUCCAUCUUAGCGACUUGGCGUGGCACUCCAUAGAGCUGACGCACAACCGCCAUGAUGUCAACAUGACCCUAGACCGAAACUUUCAUACCAGCCGCCGUAUGCCAGGACCAGAUCUGGAGCUCAGUGUCGAGAAUGGGCUUUUUGUUGGCGGGGUUGCUGGACUGAACCACCCAUACCUUUUUAACAUCUCCACUGGGUUUAGAGGAUGCGUGGAUGAAGUUGUGUUCAAUGAACAUAACCUGUUGUCCAGCCUAAGGCCCUAUUCUGGGUACAAGAGUGUCCACGAGGUAUCUUUGGGCUGUAGUCCACAGUUUUCUGCAACAGAAGAAGAUUCUGUCAGCUUUUUCAGCUCUAAAGCAUUUAUCACUCUCCCGCCUUGGGCGGAGCCCCAGGAGGGGUUGUUUGAAUGUGAAUUGUACCCCUCUGCAAGAAAAGAAGAUGGCAUGGUCCUGUUUAGCUCUGGUAACCAGGGAGCGUUUGUUGCCAUAGAGAUCAAAGAUGGUAAACUGGUGGCAACAGUAGGAAAUGGAGAGGGUAAUAAGACUGAGCUGCGUUCUCUAACACAUGUUCACAGCAACCAUAGCUGGUACCCUAUUCAGCUUCACCUGUUGCCCGAUAGCGUCCAGUUGAAGGUGGGUGAGGAGUUGAUCAAGACCAGUCUGAGUCUGGAGCUCCAGGUUAUCCAGCUCAAAGGGCCUCUCUUCCUGGGAGGACUGGACGAAGGAGCCCAGGGAGAGGCACGGCGAGCUGGGCUGAUGUCUGCUGUGUCUGGGGGACAAGCGGCUGGGCAAGGAGGCUCCUUUAAAGGCUGCCUCCGAGAAAUUAGGGUGAAUACUCACAGAACAGGCCUUCCUCAUGCUGCCGUAACCAAGGACAUCACUGUGGGUUGUGAUACAGGGAAAGCUACAAAUGCCCUGGCCACCACUAGCCCAACAAAUCGUCCUGAGUUGGAUGGUACAACCACACGAGCAAUUACCAACAAUAAGAAGAACAAUAACUUUCUGAUGCUGAGAAAGCUAGAAGUUGUGGAGGGAGGCCGGGCAUCACUGGAGCCCAAACACAUCAGGGUGAAUCUGGAUUUUCAGAAAUUGGGCAUUCAUCCAUCCCAGUUGAUGUUCCGCAUUGAGGGUCAGCCUGUCCAUGGCCAGCUCCGGUUGGACCUCAGUCCCGGCCCCGAUGGAAUGCUGGGCGAGGAGCAGGAAAGGACUAUCACAAUAGGAGCAGAAGAGGUGGACCGGAUUUUUAGUAUGCUGGACCUGUGGCAGGGUCGGGUGAUGUACGUUCACAGUGGGUCAGAGGACCAAGAUGAUUUCUUCAUGUUUUCGGUCUUCUCCAGCAGUAAGAAGAAGCUUCCUGUAUUUCUGAAGAGCAACCGCCUUCAUCGAUUUGAUAUCAGCAUCAGUCCUGCUAAUGAUGCGCCUGUGCUCAGCCUGCCGGAGGGAAACCUUUUCACUCUGCUGGAGAAGUCCAAACGACAGCUGACUUCAGAUGUGGUGAGGGUGUCAGACCCUGACAGCCGUCCUGCAGAGCUGGUGUUCAGCUCCCUGGGAAACCUCACUGAGGUUGGACAUCUUGAGCACCAUGAUAACCCUGGCAGGGCCAUUAACAUGUUCUCUCUCAAUGAUCUGGAGGGGGGUAAGAUCAGCUUUGUCCACACUGGGGUCCCCAACGCUCGGCUGGCACUCAGAGUAAGCGAUGGCCGGAAGUUGAGCAACACAGUAGUUUUGAGGAUCAUGGCGGUGCCACUCAAACACAAACUGCUGAAUAACACUGGACUGGAGGUGAACCAAGGCGGGGCUUCCAUCAUCACAACCAAUCACCUUGCUGUAGAAGUUAAUGUGGAUGACCAGGCAGUGGAAAUUCACUAUGAUGUUACAGAGUUGCCACAAUAUGGUGAGCUCCAGCGGUUGCACUCAAGUGGCGACUGGAAACGAACAACAUCCUUCUCUCAGAAGCUUCUCAAAAAAGAACGGAUACGAUACCUCAGCACUUACCAGGGCCUUCAGACUCGGAACAACAUCACAGAUUACUUCAAAUGUAAGAUCAGCAUCGGUUCCAUGGCUACAGAGGAAGUUGUUUUCCCAGUCAGGGUAAACUGGAUGCAGUUUAAGGUCACACGCAGCAAAAUGGAAGUCAAUGGUGUUCAGACGGCUGCUGUCACUCCUGAGGACCUCCAUGUGAUUUCUAAAGGUGUUAAACUUAAUGAGAAUGACCUGUAUUUUAGGCUCCUAACAGUCCCAAAUAAAGGGCAGCUAUUCCUGGGCAACAAAGUUCUAGUAAGGAACUCAACCUUUAGCCAAAAGAAUGUAACAGAUGGCUUGAUGAAGUACGAGCUCCUAAACAUGCUGCACGAUGACACAAGAGACAUGUUCAGCUUUCAGGUGUUUUCAACACAUGCCAACUCAACAAGUUAUGACUUUAGAAUUUACAUCCGUGCCGGGUCAACCGCCAUCACUGUUGUAAACAAAGGACUUUCAACCCUGGAAGGAGGAAGUAAAGUCCUCAACAAAGAAAUCCUGUUCACCCACACAGCAAGUAACCAGGAGGUCCACUACAACAUCACAGUGAGCCCUAGGCACGGGCAGAUAAGGAGGAUCAACCUUUCCAACUCAACUUCCAUUAACGACAACAUUGUGACGUUCACCAAUCAGGAUAUCAUUGAGGAGAGGAUCAUGUACGUUCAUGAUGACAGCGAGACCAAGCAGGAUUCCUUCACUUUUCAAAUUAUGGUUUACAAACUGCACAAACACACCAGCAAGAAGGAGGAUAGAAACAUAGUAGAGCACACCUUUAAUAUCUCUGUGCAGCUCGUCAACGAUCAGAGACCCGUCAGGGUUGUGGAUAAAGUUUUCCAUGUCGCUCGCAAUGGGCAGAGGUUGGUGACGUUGACUGACAUUUGUUACCGGGACGAUGACUCUGACUUUCAGGACAAUUGGUUGGUGUACACACGGAGGGGGAUUCCCAUGGGAGAGCUGGUACUGGCCAGCGAUACCAGUCACAAGCUGUACGAGUUCACACAACAGGACCUUCAGCAGAAAAAAGUGUUAUUUGUCCACAGAGGAGUGAGUUAUGGCCGUUUUGUGCUUUUCGUAUCGGAUGGGAAACAUUAUGUUUCAACGCUGCUGGAGGUGAUGGCGCAGGAUCCUUACCUUCAGGUCGAGAACAACACCGGACUCAUGGUCCAGCGAGGUGGGCUCACAACCAUUACCUCUGCUAACCUCAGCAUCAUCAGCAACCUUGACAUCCGCGACCCACGGGAAGUGACAUUUGAGGUCUUCCUUCCACCUAAACAUGGCGUGCUCUGCUUUAAUAAUGGCAGUUGUGAGACCUUAACAGGUGCAAAUCCAAUUUCAGUAUUCACCCAGCAAGAUUUGGUGGCAGGGCGCCUGGCGUAUCGCCAUGACAGCAGCCAUGAGUUGUCAGAUGGGUUCAAUGUGACAACAAGAGCAAGGGAGAACAGCACAGAUGGAGGAACGGAAAGGGAAAGAAGGGAGGUACAUCUGGAUAUCGGAGUGAUGGUAAAAAUCUACCUGGAAAGUCACCAGAGGCCGCCAACAGUCAUAAGGAACCGUCCGGUUGUAGUGAUGGAGGGACAAAAUGUCUCCAUAAGCAAGGAGCACUUAGAGGUGGUUCAUGAGGACAGCCAGCCCUCAGAGAUAGUUUUCACUGUCCAAAGUCAUCCCGCUCUGGGCUACCUUCAGGGGAUUCCCCCCAACGACAAGCACAAGAACAACAAUGGAGAACAGCAGCGCCUUUAUCAAGUACAGCAGACUGGCAUCGCAGAGCAGCCAACUAAUUCCUUCACCCAGGAGGACCUGAACCAGGGAAUGAUCAUCUACCAUCAGCAGGCUGCCGGACACACCAACGACUCUGUUCUAUUGGAGGCCACCAAUGGGCUCACAAAGGUCGGACCUAUCAGACUGGAGAUUGACAUCAUCCCAGCGCUGCUCCCUCUACAGGUGUCUGACUUGACCCUUGAUGAGGGGUCGUCCUUGCCGCUCACUUCCGACAUCAUCAAGGUGGCCAGUCAUCACUUCUCAGACAUGAACUUCCUGUACCAGGUCAUCGUUCCACCACGACAUGGACACUUGGAGCACAGCCGGAUCCCGGGAAUGCCCAUCACUGCUUUCACUCACACUGAGGUGGAACGUGAGUACAUCUCCUAUAUCCACGACGGCAGCGACACACUGAGAGACAACUUUACCAUUGUGGCUAAUCAGACGGAAAUCAGGAAGCACAGUCUGCCCUGCACCGCUCACAUCAGUGUCAUACCUGUCAAUGAUGAGACUCCUGUUGUUACAACCAAUAAUGGUCUGAAGGUGUGGGUGGGUUCAGUGACAGAAAUCACCAGCGAUGAUCUUAGAGCAGAGGACUUGGACACUCCUGAGUCUGAGGGGCUGGAGUUCAUCAUCACACCACCCAGCAACGGCCACCUGGCCUUGAAGAGCGCCCCCUCUAGACCCAUCCUGAACUUCACCCAAAAUCACAUACAAACCAGACAACUGAUGUUCGUGCACAGCGGUGCUUCAUCGGGUGGCUUUCACUUCCAGGUGAACGACGGCGUGAACUUUACCCCUCGCCAGAUCUUCAGCACAACUGCCUACUCUCUGGCCCUCACCCUGCAGAGAAAUCAUCCCAUGGAGGUCUACCCAGGCUCUGUGACACCGAUCUCUGACCUGGAGCUUCAGGCCAUAACAAACGAUGUCAGCGGCAUCAGAAGACACCCCUCGGUGGUGUUUGCAGUGACCACUCUUCCUAAACUUGGCAGCCUGGUCCGACGUAUGCCCGACAACUCUACUCGAAACAUUUCCACGUUCACACAAAGCAUGGUGAAUGAUGGAGUUAUACUGUACGAUCAGAACAAGCCACAGUCAGUGGGAUGGUCGGCAGCAGACUCUUUCUCUUUCACCGUGUCCUGCCCUCCUGCUUUCCUUCCUCCGCACAUCUUCACCGUCCUAAUCUCCUACCAGGCUAACAAACAUCACAAAAGUGAUCAACACAAGACCAGACUACUGAAUAACGCAGGUGCUGUGGUGGCCGAGGGAGGCAGGGUGACGAUCAACAGGUCAAAACUUGAUGCCUCCAAUCUCCUUGGGAAGGUUCCAGAGCCCCAGCGGAAAUCCUACCAAGUCCUUUACCGUGUGAUUUCCCUGCCGCACCACGGGGCUCUGUCUAUACGAGGACAUAACCUCACCAGGAACCAACCUGAUUUCUCCCAGGUCACCCUAAACAAGUUCGGCAUCACAUACGCCCACGAUGACUCAGAGACGACGAGUGACAGCUUCACUUUCCGGGCCUGGGUGGCGCCUUUUGAUCUCUCCUCCUCUACCUCUUCCUUUUCCUCCGAUUCCUCCUCCUUUUCCCACCUCUAUUCAGCCUUCUCAUCCUCCCCUUCACCAUUAGAUGUGGUUUCUCCACGGCGUGCCAAGGACAGGCCGGCGGUGACGGAGACGUUCAGCAUCACGGUGACACCGGUCAACGACCAGCCGCCACUCAUCAGGAGCAGAGCGCGGAGUAUGAAGGUGGUAGUCGGAGAGAGAGUCGUGCUAGGACCAGACAACCUGCAGGUUGAGGAUCAUGACACCCCUCCAGAGGAGCUGCACUACCUUGUGAUCAGUAAGCCCAACAACGGCUACCUGACGCUAGGGGAAAGACCGGAGCCGGUGACCUCCUUCACCCAGUACGACGUUAACCACGGCCGGCUGCACUUCAUACAGCAGGGAGAGCCGUCAACAGGUGUUUUCUACUUUAACGUAACCGACGGUCAUCAUCGGCCGCUCUACAAACUGUUUAGUUUGGAGGUGGUGAAGCCCUCUGUCACCAUGGUUAACAACACUGGCCUGUCACUGGUUCAAGGCAGGACCGCUGUGAUCCUGACAACCAACCGGUUUGCAGCUCAAACCAACAGUCUCACGCAGGCCAUUAUCACCUACACGGUCACAACGCACCCUCGCCACGGACGCAUUGCCAUCAACGACCAGGAAGUCACAACCUUCUGCCAUGAGGACCUGCAGUUUGGCCGCGUGGUCUAUCACAUGACUGAUUUCAGCGAAUCCGAGGACAGCUUCCAAGUCUCAGUUUCAGCCUCGUCUCCCGGUGUGAUCUAUGAAAAUGUAACAGUGCAGACAGUGAAUGUGACUGUGCGCCCUCUGGUCUACCUGAGGGAGCCAGUGAGAGUGCCCAGUGGGAUUGCGGUGAAACUGGGGAAAGCCAUGAUCGACGCCUCUGAGCUGGCGAGAAUCAGCCGAGCCGACCCGGUCUUUGAGGUCCUGUCUCCACCAAAACAUGGAAAACUUGUCAAGAUGACCUAUGACCCUAACCGAGCAUCACAAGUCCUUACGUCAUUUACCUUCAGAGAUGUGGUGCAAGGCCGCGUCGCCAUCGAGGAGACUCUAAGUGAUGGUGACAGCCAGCUGCAUGACAACAAAUCAGCACUGGCAACAGCUCGAGGCCACGCCCCUGCCACACCUCUGAAUGAUUCUUUCACCUUCCUGCUGAAGGCUGGAAACGUCCAACCAGCGAAGGGCGAGCUUCACUUCACCAUCUUUCCCCACCACCAGAUGCGUCAUGGUCCAAGCAGUUUAAAUACAGAGGGUGCAAGUCGUGAACACAUGACUACCCGUCUUCCGACACAUAAUAAGACUACUACAGGGAGAGGAGUUGGGCGAGGGGGUUCCACGACGCUUAGCGAGGCCGGGGAAGGUUUGCCUCCCCCCCUUUUGUCACAUAAGAACCACAACAGGACUCAGCACAAGUUGAGGCCUCACAGCCGCUUGGGGAACCACACACGCAGUGGGAAUCAUGGAGGAAGAUCAGGGAGUGGUGCAGAGGGAGCAGGGAGUCAUAGCCAUGCCCCACAACCCCACACUCCGUCUGUCUCAGACAAGCAUGGCCCAGCAGUCCCUCCUGACACACACCCGAUCCACGUUGAGGUGCUGCCACGCCCCGCCUCCAACCCUCUCCAUAUUAUCCUGCCGCUGCUGGCCUGUUUGUUCCUCAUCAUAAUCCUCAUUAUUCUGAUUCUGGUGUUCCGCCGUCGCAAAGAGAAACAGGCGCGGCUGCGGCUCCUCCAGCAGCUCGCCGCAGCGACGUUACCCACUGAGGACAGCCCUUACCUGGGCCGGGCAGAGCGCAGCGUGGCUAUGCCCUCCGUGGUGGUCACCCCGCUAGGUCCUGUAAGCUGCCCUUCCUCACCCAGGGUACUCCCCAGAAGUCCCAGAAGGAGUCUGGCCCCUGGGAUGACCUUCUGGGGGCCAUUUGAAGCUGAUGGAGCAGAUGGUGAUGGGAAUAUUAGAGGUGAUAACAAUAAUGAAAGAAAUAACGCAACUGCAGGUUUUAAGACCUCUCUGAGAUCUAGGUCCCUUACUCCAACUCUUAAAGACAACCAGUACUGGGUUUGAUGGAAGUAAUCCAAAGGAAAACUGUGCCUUAGAGGUGUAUUUUUAGUUUAAGUUUAGAAGUAGCUUGCACAUACUCUCCAGGGGAUGUCUGUAGUCAUCUCAGGCACAUCUGACCUGCUGUAAACUAAAAAGACGAAGAAAAUAUGGACAUUUGUUGAAGAAAUUGUUCCUUUGUGUAGGAAGUGCAUAAUGGCCAUUAUAUUUAGGUCAUUUCACUGAACUGACUUGAACCAAACAUAUUUGUUGGAGUAACAAUGUACUGAAAAACGUUACCCAGCUACCUAAGUGGAGUGAGUUGGUAUGACAUGAGCGCCAUUGGUUUCCUUGUACAAAGAUUGUAUCAAACAGCCUGACGGAUUCCUCAAAACACUGGUUUGAACUUCUAUAGCUUUGAUUAAUAUAGUAAUAUAAUUUUAGAACUGUGGCUGGACAAGGAAGUGAAACAUAGACUGACGUGUUGUGCAUUCACUUUACAAGAUUAAAUCUAGCUGAAUUUAAAGUUAGCUCGAAAGUGGGAGUGUAGUGUAACUGUUAAUUACUCAUCUCACCCGCAAUAAUGUAACUGUAGAGUAGAUGUGUUAUUUCUCCAAAACUAUGUACUAUAUGUGAGGUGUUAGAUCACACUGCCACCUUGUAAAUGUGACUAAAGGCACUGCGAGCUUCCAAGGCCAUGCAUUCAAACCAUUGUUUUUAACAUUUACCCCUCUUUAUCUGCUCUGCACACGUUUCUGAUUGUGUUACAGUUCAAGGCAGUUAACAAUUCCUAGUGAGACAUAUAGGUAACCUUCUCAAUUCUUGAUUGACUUAUUUUUGUCAAAUGCGACCCCUUAUAUGCCAGCCUCUGUUUGCCAUGCACUGUGAAAGAUUUAAUUUUAAUAAAAGAAUUGUCUUAAACA